AUGGCUUUCUUUUCUUCUUCUUCAGUAAUACAAGCAUUAGGGCAACUACCAACCUUAGUUAUUUUUUCUUGUGUAUUAAUUUUAUUUUUCCUUCUCUUAUUCUUUUUGCUUCAUUUUCUGAAUUAUAGCCAGCUGAAGGGUCUUAAUUUGACUGGAGUUUUACCUGCUGAAUUUGGAAGUCUUAAGUAUCUGCAAGAACUUGAUCUCACCCGCAACUAUUUCAAUGGAUCAAUACCUACAAGUUUCUCUCGGCUUCCUCUUGUUAACCUGUCCCUUUUGGGGAACCGUCUAUCUGGAUCAAUUCCUAAGGAAAUCGGUGAUAUUGCUACACUUGAGGAGCUGAUCUUGGAAGAUAAUCAACUAGAAGGACCACUUAAUGAAAACCUUGGAAAUUUGGGCCGUUUGAGGAGACUAGUGCUCAAAGCUCAAUCUCUGCCGGGGACUGUCCCCAAAGAGCUGGUGAAGCUUCCUUAUCUGCAGGAAAUUGACCUCACCCGCAACUACCUUUACGGUUCAAUCCCGGAAGAAUGGGGUUCCACGAAACUAGUCAACAUGUAUGCUUAA